UAGGCAAUGGGGAUUAGGUGACUUGCCCAGGGUCACACGGCAUAUGGCUUCUUUUGCAGAGCCUGCCUCUGAAGGUGAAGAUGAUGACUGGGGCAGAGUACACAGUGAACGCACAAAGCCACAUCACCGUCUUGGAUCUGAAGAAAAGGAUUGCUGAGUUGACCGGAGUGCUAGCCUUCACCCAGAGGCUGGUCACAGCGGGCGGGGAGCUCCUGCUGAACUGGAACCUCCUCUCCCAGCACAGGCUCAAGGCUGGAGACGUGCUGCUCCUGGUGGUUGAGAAAGACCAGUCCAUGGACAUCUUAGUGCGGAAUGACAACCGGACCCACCCCUACCGCAUCCAGCAGAGCCAGACGGUGGCCCAGCUCAAGAAGAUGGUGCAGGAGAAGGAAGGGGUCAGCCAGAGCCAGUUCUGGCUCAGCUUUGAGGGGAAGCCCAUGGAAGACAGCCACCACUUGGGAGACUAUGCCCUCAGCCCCCUGUGCACCAUCCAGAUGAACCUACGGCUUCGAGGAGGGGUUUGAGAGGACCCACUGGGUGCCCAGGAGAAUGCCAUUCUCUUGCCUCUUUAGUCUGAGAUUUCCCUGGCUCUGGGGCUGGGAGAGAGGAAGGCCUGGGGCUUGAGAUUGCCGCUGACACUCCCCUACUGUCCAGCCCUUCCCUGCUCCCCUGGGUCCUGCCCCUUUCCCUGGCGAACUGCCUGCCUUCUUGUCUGGGUCCAGCUGUAAAGAACGACUGUCAAUAAAGGUGAAAUCCUGC